AUAAGACAAACAAAAGACACAUAUCCUCAACAUGUGACAUCCAUCUUGAGCCAGGCUGAGCUCCACAUCCUCCCCAUGAUCCCUGAGCCAGAGAGGCAACAUCCUCUGGCUGCAGCGAGCGGAAGCCGGCCUCACUGUGACUCGGUGCUCUGCAACAGGGAUCUUUUAGGAUGGACGUUCGGGUUCACGCUUUCUCUGCCUGACGUAAGGAUUCGCAUUCGAACCUGAGAGGAGAGAUUUAACGAGUCGCCUCCGACACACUGGACGAGGAAUAACAGAAAACACCCAAAACAUAAUCACCCAAACAGGGAAAAGACAGAGAAGAUGGAGCUGACGAUCCAGCUGAUCCCAACGGGGGAAAUCAUCCUCCCUCCGUGUAAGAACGGAGAGCACUACUGCCACAACUGCAAGGUGGUGGCUAGUGACGGUGUCCGGGCUAUGAUGGAGUCGGCCCUGACAGCCAGAGACCGGGUGGGAGUGCAGGACUUCGUCCUGCUGGAGAACUACACCAGCGAAGCCUCCUUCAUAGAAAACCUGCGCAAGCGCUUCAAAGAGAACCUCAUCUAUACAUAUAUUGGUUCAGUGCUGGUGUCAGUGAACCCAUACAAAGACCUGGAGAUCUACACCAAGAAUCACAUGGAGCGAUACCGUGGGGUCAACUUCUAUGAGGUCUCACCCCACAUCUACGCCGUGGCAGACAACGCGUACCGCUCCAUGAGAACCGAGAGGAAGGAUCAGUGCAUCCUGAUCUCGGGUGAGAGCGGCGCCGGGAAGACGGAGGCGUCGAAGAAGAUCCUGCAGUACUACGCGGUGACCUGUCCAGCCAGCGAGCACGUGCAGACCAUCAAGGACCGGCUGCUGCAGUCCAACCCUGUGCUGGAGGCUUUUGGGAAUGCCAAGACAUUGCGGAAUGACAACUCGAGCCGCUUUGGCAAGUACAUGGACAUUCAGUUUGAUUUCAAGGGUGCCCCAGUGGGAGGCCACAUUAUCAACUACCUGCUGGAGAAGUCCCGUGUGGUCCACCAGAACCACGGCGAGAGGAACUUUCAUAUUUUCUAUCAGCUGAUUGAGGGAGGGGAGGAGGACCGGCUGAGACAUCUGGGCCUGGAGAGGAACCCUCAGCAGUACCAGUACCUGGUCAAAGGGAACUGUCCCAAAGUGAGCUCCAUUAACGACCGCAGCGACUGGAAGGUGGUGAGGAAAGCCUUGAAUGUGAUUGGCUUCAAUGAGGAUGAGGUGGAGGAGCUCUUAAACAUAAUUGCCAGCGUGCUGCAUUUAGGGAACGUGCAGUACGGUGGGGAAGAAGGCACUGUCUGCAUCACCUCUGACACACAGAUAAAGUACCUGGCCAGGUUGUUGGGAGUGAAUGGCACAGUGCUGACAGAGGCUCUCACACACAAGAAGAUAAUAGCCAAGGGAGAGGAGCUGAUGAGCCCGCUGAACCUGGAGCAGGCCUCUUCAGCUCGUGAUGCUCUGGCCAAGGCAGUGUACGGACGCACCUUCACCUGGCUCGUUAACAAGAUCAACACUUCGCUGUCAUACAAGGACGACUCCUCCAAACAUUUUUCUGUCAUUGGUCUGCUGGACAUCUAUGGCUUUGAGGUUUUUCAGAACAACAGCUUUGAGCAGUUUUGCAUCAACUACUGUAACGAGAAGCUGCAGCAACUGUUCAUCGAGCUCACCCUGAAGUCGGAGCAGGAGGAGUAUGAAGCUGAAGGCAUCACGUGGGAGCCGGUGCAGUACUUCAACAAUAAGAUCAUCUGUGACCUGGUGGAGGAGAAAUUCAAAGGCAUCAUCUCCAUCCUGGAUGAGGAGUGUCUGAGACCUGGGGACGCCAGUGAUAACACCUUCCUAGAGAAGCUGGAGGACACUGUGGGAGGACACCCACACUUUGUCACUCAUAAGCUGGCUGACGGAAAAACCCGCAAGAUAAUGGGCCGUGACGAAUUCCGUCUGCUGCACUAUGCUGGAGAAGUCAACUACAAUGUGAACGGGUUUUUGGACAAGAACAAUGACUUACUCUUCAGGAACCUGAAAGAGGUCAUGUGUAUGUCAGAGAACAAAAUCCUGACCCAGUGUUUUGACAGGGAGGAGCUGAGCGACAAGAAGCGCCCAGAUACGGCAGCCACCCAGUUCAAAGCCAGUCUGGCGAAGCUAAUGGAGAUCCUCAUGUCCAAGGAGCCGUCGUACGUCCGCUGCAUCAAGCCCAAUGACUCCAAGCAAGCAGCUCGGUUUGAUGAGGUGCUGAUCCGUCACCAGGUCAAGUACCUGGGCCUGAUGGAGAAUCUGAGGGUGAGGAGGGCCGGCUUUGCUUACAGGCGACGCUACGAGAUCUUCCUACAGAGAUAUAAAUCGCUGUGUCCAGAGACGUGGCCUAACUGGCAGGGGAAACUGUCUGAUGGAGUGUCCACACUAGUCAAACACCUGGGAUACAAGCCAGAGGAGUACAAACUGGGCAGGUCCAAAAUCUUCAUACGCUUCCCAAAGACCUUGUUCGCCACCGAGGAUGCGCUGGAGACCAGGAAACACAGUCUUGCCACUAAGCUACAGGCUGGAUGGAGAGGCUAUAGCCAGAAGUCCAAAUAUCAAAAACUCAGAACCUCAGCUAUAGCCAUCCAGGCGUGGUGGAGGGGCAUCCUGGCCAGGAGGAGAGCCAAACGCAGACGAGACGCUGCUGACACUAUCCGCAGGUUCAUCAAGGGCUUCAUUUACCGCCACAAGGAACGCUGCCCAGAGAACGAGUAUUUCCUGGAUUACGUUCGCUACUCGUUCCUCAUGAACCUGCACAGGAACCUGCCCAAGAACGUCCUGGACAAGAGCUGGCCGACCCCUCCCGCUGCUCUCACUGAGGCGUCGGAGCAUCUGCGUAAGCUGUGCAUGAACAACAUGGUGUGGAGCUACUGCAAGAAGAUCGACCUCGAGUGGAAACACCAGAUGGAGCAGAAAAUGAUCGCCAGUGAGGUGUUUAGGGACAAGAAGGACAACUACCCACAGAGCGUGCCCAAACUCUUCGUCAGGACAAGACUCAAUGGAGAGGACAUCAACACCAAGGUGCUGCAGGCUCUAGGCAGUGAGAAGAUGAAGUAUGCAGUGCCCGUUACCAAGUACGACAGAAAGGGCUACAAGCCGCGGCGCCGCCAGCUGCUGCUCACCAGUAACAGCGCCAUCAUCGUAGAGGAGGGGAAACUCAAGCAGCGCAUAAACUACGACACUCUCAAAGGUAUUUCCGUCAGCUCCCUCAGUGACGGCCUGUUCGUUCUACACGUGCCCGGUGAUGACAACAAACAGAAGGGAGAUGUCAUUCUGGAGAGUGAACACGUGAUCGAGACCCUGACCAAGAUCAUCAUCUGUGCCGACAAGUUCAACAGCAUCAACAUCAACCAGGGCAGUAUAACAUUUACAGUGAGUCAAGGUAAAGAGGGGAUAAUAGACUUCACACCUGGAUCAGAGCUACUAGUGACAAAGGCCAAGAAUGGACACCUGUCAGUGACGGCUCCCAGGCUGAACUCCAGAUGAUGGCCGCUCUGACUACACACGCCUGGACCCAUGUACCCCCGACCACACCCAUCCUCCAGUCACAUGACCGCAGGCUCCCCUCUGCCUAAGCCAAUCUGACGUCAGCUGUCAUUACCUGUGGCAUGUGCUUCCAAUGAAAAUGAAUCCAGCAAAACUAAUUGAGAUAUUUAUAUUUUAUAUAUAUAUAUAUAUAUAUAUGAGAUUAAUAAUGUUUGAAUUUUCAGAUUUUAUAGAUGAGGCCAAGGAAUAACAAGUAAUUUGGUGCUUUU